AUGUUCAAUCUUUCCGCUAUAUUUUUAUUAGCUCUAGUCGCCGUUUGUUUAGCUUGCAAAUGCAAGGAACAAACUACUAAGGAAUCGUUUUGUAAUGCUCAUUGGGUUUCCCAUGUGAAAAUACAUGUUCGUGUUGGUAAACAAGGAUUGCCACAGGGUUCUGCUAGAAAAGGGUUGAACAACUUGAAGUACACUGUUGAACACAAGAAAAUCUUUAAGAAACCAGCCAAUAUGACAUCACUUCCUGACGAAAUCUUUACUCCUUCGGAGGCACCAGCAUGUGGAUUAAAAAUUACGGCAGGAAAGGAAUAUUUGCUAGCUGGAAGAGUUGAAAGUCCUGGAGCGUUGUACACAGUUCUUUGCGGUCAAGUUCUUCCGGAUAAAAGAGAAGCUGCACAGUACGAAAAUGUUCUGGAAUGGCAAAAUGUUCCACAGAUAUUAGCUCAACAAUUGGAAAACAUCAAGUGCUAA